AUGAAUGGUCCAAAAUUCCACGGCAAUACUCCGGGAAUGAACCCAAACGCCCACAAAUUUAUCGAUGGAUUCUCGUGUAAAGAGGCCAUGGAGGAUUCCCUAACAUGUCUUACUGACAACAAUUAUGACAGUAGUAAGUGCGGAGACUACUACAAAGCGUACGAAGAUUGCAAGAGGGAAUGGUUGAGAGAGAAGAGAAAACAAAAUAAAACAAACUUAUAAACCGCUAGUUAACCGAAGGCUAUCAACAAUCAGUUAGAAUUAAAGCCUUCUGAAGUACUUGGGAAUUUCAAAUUAUAGUUUCCUUGGUCAAGAAAACACUUUCUCCAAGAGAACAUCUGCCUCUCGCUGAAAAGAUAUGCGACAAAAGCAGGGUGAGUAAUUUCGGUGACGAAUGUUGGCCCUAACAAGAGCGUUGCGUGACUACCGAAGACUGCUGCAUGAUCACGUACUUUUGAUACUUUUAGAAGUCACGCGACAUUAACGUUCCGAGCUGCGCGCGACGAAUGUAAAGCCGUUAUGUUUCUCGUACGAGAAUAAACCACGAUUGCCGUACUUAACUUCACCAGGAGUGGAUCAGAGGCUAGAAAUACGGUAUAAAACGUAGAAAAGAUGUUGCCAGGAUAUUUUACGAUUAAUAUAUGUAAACAGUAUAUAAUUGUCCAAAUAAGUAUGAUAGGAUCAUGAUGCGUAGUUCAUCACUUACAGUCACUCUGUUUAUACGUGUAGGAAAUAGGAAAUUCAAUGUUGAUUUAGUACUACAGAGUAAAAGAGUGAGAUUGAAAAAUGAAGACAAAAAAAAAAAAGCAAAAACACAAGAUAUCAUGUGCGGUGACCCAUCCAGGUAUUGAUUUUAGACAUGGUCUGCCUGCGGAUCUGUGGCAUACCACGUAACAAAUAAGUUAACACACUUUUAACGUUUUGUAGCCAAUGAUUAGCUGAUGGAGUGAUUUCACAAAUUUUAAGGCCACAAGAAUAAAGGAAACGAUCACCAAUUAAAGAGGCUCUUGAUCGCCUAAACAAUUCUCUUUGACAGCACUGUAGGAAAUGUACAGAGAACAGUAUGGAGAAUAUGCAUACUGAUGUUAGGGUGUAAACGAUUCACGACUCAAGUUCUUUACUCAUAUUUAUGCUAAUAACUUUUUCCUUCAAGUUUUUUUUUGAUAGAGUAACGACGAUUUUUUCAUCAAUGGAUGUUUCCUUUGAGCGGACAUCUCAAAGGGGUUAACUUUUGAUUUCCAAUAUUAAUAUUUUAGAGAAAAUGACAUAUUUUAGAUCAUGUUCAGCUCACAAAGGAAAUAAAAUAUACCUUCUUUGUCUCCAAACUGAUUAUCGAUCAAACUCAGUUUUAACAAUCCGUUAUGAUAGGUCAGAUCAAAAGGGAAGAGAUUUUAAAAGAGUUGAAUAAGAAGCCAAUAAUAAUACAAAUUGUUGCCACGACAGACCGAAAAGUAAUGUAUACCAUCAUUGCGCGAUUGGGUCUGAGAUUAAACAGAUAAAACAGUUUUUUUUUUUAUCAAGUAUUUAUUAGUUUCUGCAGAGGCUUAUAACUUAGUUUAUAUGCUUUAGGUUUCCACGAGUAUUGGUUUCAUAUCAGUGUUGGUUUUGAACAUCUCUUAAGGGCGGUUAAGUUUCAUAUUCGAUUACUCACAAUGUCCAGUAAAAUAAACUCUAUCUGAGAUCAUACCAACACUGGUAGUUUCACGUGUCUAGUUGCAAAAGCUAUUUGAGGGAAAGAAAAUAAUAAGUCUUUUUUUUUUCUACGUUGUUUUUCUUAGCUGAGCCAGUGUCUUCUCCAUUUGUUCAUGGCUAACACUUCUUCUUGCCAAAAUUUUCUAUUUUCUUCAGAUUCCUUGCGGACUCUUUCUAGCAUCACUAAAUGAUCUUCCUCUGGAACCAUUUUCUCUUCUUCUUUGGGUUCUUCUUCGCUAUCGGCAGAUUCCUCUGAAAUGAUAGAAAGGAAAAAAAAUCUUGAAAAAUGUUGCUAAGAAACGCAAAAUUGGUGAGGGGAAUUUCUGCGACGUUAAAAUUUGGUAGGGGAUGAGAGAUUUUGUUUGGUAAGCUUAGAGUCCAAUCCACAUAUUCAAAACCCGUCGUGUGGUCGACAAGAAAAAUUCCAUAAUGCAAAUUGAAACAGCCAAAGAGAAACCAGCUGUGUGAAAAAUUCCAUUUCUGGAAACGUUAAAGGUUGAUCACACCAUUAAUUAUGAUUACUAACAGUCAAGAAAAAGGACAGGUGACGUCACCCGCGCAGGCGCAAUAUCAGCCACGUUGCAGGUUCACAAUGAAAUAUUAAUUGUUGGACAUUUCGUGUUCAGGACGUGAUCUUUAUGCGCGGUGAGACGAACUUACGAGGAUCGAUCAGCCAAGGGAGAGAUACGCCAUGGGGAACACUCUGACAAGAUUAUUCAAACGGCUCUUUGGUAAAGAAGAAGUCCGAAUAUUAAUGGUCGGACUAGAUGCUGCGGGAAAAACGACGAUUUUAUAUCAGCUGAAACUCGACGAACCUGUCACCACAAUACCGACGAUUGGAUUCAACGUCGAGACAGUUGAAUACAAAAACAUAAGUUUUACUGUGUGGGAUAUCGGAGGGCAAGACAAAAUUCGUGUUCUAUGGAGGCUGUAUUACCAAGAAACCCAGGGACUUAUUUUUGUUGUAGAUAGCAGCGAUAGGAAUCGUGUCGCGGAAGCGAAAAAUGAGUUGUUCCGUCUUCUAGCCGAGGAUGAACUUCAGGAAGCUGUUCUUUUGGUCUUUGCAAAUAAGCAGGAUUUACCCAACGCCAUGUCCACUGCGGAGUUAAGCGAUAAAUUAGGGCUUCACAGUCUCAAAGGAAGAAACUGGUACAUUCAGGCCACCUGUGCGCUUAAGGGAAAGGGUCUCUACGAGGGUUUGGAAUGGCUUUCUCAACAGAUUCGAGAACAACAAAUCAAAUUUACAUAA